AUGUUCACGUUAGGGCUGGUGAGACGUUUCAGCGCGGGACGCGCGCUGCUGCAGUCGUCGGUUAAGGAGGGCGCGCCGCUGAACAUCCACGUGUUCAAGGCGGGCAAGCCCGCCGUCGCGCUCAAGGACGAGGAGUACCCGGACUGGCUGUGGACGCUGCUCGACAAGGAGGCCCAGGAGGCCCAGCUCAAGGCCACGGACGAGUUCCGCUACAUGAGAAAGCAGGCCAAGAAGCUGCACAGACAGAAACUGAAGCAGAACAAUUUCCUCGCGCAGCUGCGCAAACGGCCGCCGGCUCCGCACACCGCGGGCAGCGCCAGAGAGUCGCCCUUCAGCAUGCAGCUGCUCGUGAUGGUCGUUGCGCUCGGGGCAGGGUUUGCCAUCGGCCGCACCAGCACGCGGCAGAACCCGCCGCGCGACCUGUUCCCCGCGGGCUCCACGACGACCGUCGCGGACCUGCGUGCGAGCUCGUUCAGCUCGCCGGCCGACUACGCUCUUUUCCAGCGGUGUGUGAAGAAACUCCAAAACGAGCUCAAUUUGAGCAGCGACGACGUGGACGAGGAAUUGUGGCGGGUCAUCACCGAAAACCCCGGCUGGAGCUCUGUGCUGUGGUCGCACAAGGACACGGACACCGCGAAAAGGUACCGGAUCCGGCCCAGGGACGCGCAGCAGCUUGCCGUAGUGAUGAAGCUGUGCCAGCUGUACCGCGUGCCGGUGCAGGUCGGAGUGCCCUUUGACGGGUACAAAACGGACCAGUACGGGCUGACAGUGGACCUGGGCCGUCUGGACCGCAUUCUCGCGUACAACGAGCGCACACACACCGUCACGUGCGAGUGCAGCGCGGACGUGGGCUCGUUUGCGAACAGUCGCGGGCUGAGCGCGAUGAAUGGCGCACAGCCGCUCGACCUUGCGCUCUCGUGGCUCGGCCUGGCCGCCCCGGGCGACACCGUCAACGGAUACCCGCUGGCAAGCCUCAAGAGCGCCAAGGUGGUGCUUGCAGACGGAACAACGUUCACCGCCUCGCGCGAGACGCUGCGCAUCCUUGCACCGCUGGGACGCCGGUUUGCCACGGUCUGCGAGAUGGAGAUCGCGCUGGAGCCGCACACGGACGAGUGUCUGGUGGUGUUUCAGACCCGGAAUGUGGACCGUCUGGUCGAGCUGGCCGACCACGUGGCGUCGCCGCUCACGUACGUGGGCAAUUUCGGGUUUGCGCACUGUUCGUUGCAGACGGGAGAGAGCGUGGGUGUGCUCAAAGUGGACAGAAAACAGGCGCAAAGCGUGGUGAAGAUGGCCCGUCGGCUCGGCGAAACUCACGUGGUGGUGCCUGUCUGCGAACUGCAUCCGCGGGCGCCCAGCGAGGUCGGCCCCACGACAAACAGCGUCGCAAAGCUCGUGGUGAGCGACAACUUUGCGCAGGGCCGGCUGACGGAGCUGGGCGGUGCAGGCGUGCUGCUGAACGAAGGCCCGGAGUGGGACGCUGUGCGGCGGCUGAAGCUGGCGAUCGACCCCAACAAAGUGCUCAACGCAUCGGAAACGCUCGUGACGUCAUCAACACAACCGUAA